ACCCUGGUUGAAUGCUGCUCCACUUUAUAUUUCACACUUUCUGUGUAAUGCCACACUUUGUGCUGCAGGUACCUGGGGCUGUCUUACUGAGGGAAAGUGUGGCUGUCAGAGAGAAAAAGUCAUGUCCUCCAGGCUUUCAGCUCUCAGGAACCAGUUGUGCUCACGUGGAGGACGACUUGGCUCACAUGAUUGGCGUCGUUUUCGGCUGCAUCAUCGCUGCUUUUUUUGUUGUUAUCCUCUCUUUCAUACUGUUUAAGAUGAGAAGACGACGCCUUGCUGUUCCGAAAGAAGAAUUUGAUGUGACAGGAUAUGACGCACUAGCAGUCAAAGACAAAGGUCACUGGUAUGCCAGGUUCAGGUCACCAGCAGAAAAACUAGAGGAAAACUAUGACAUUAUUCCAGACAGAUCGUUGUGUUUUGUGUUGUUCGAAUGCGCGUGAACACUGUGUGUGAGGCGGUGACGUCAGUGUGUGACGUGAUCGUGACAGUGUGUGUGUGUGUGUGCAAGAGGGCGUGCACACUUUACCAAACAGAAUAUCGAUACACAUGACUUCCACUGAUCGCAACAACUCCAUGAGAUUAAAGCUGAACCAUCCGGCAUUACCUUAUCACACAGAGACAGAACCAGACAAAAAUCAGAAUUAUCACAAAGAGAACUAGAAAAUUAACCAGUAUUACCUAUCACACAAACAGAACGAGACAAUUUGUUCUAGACCAUGUGGCCUCAACAACUUGGGAAUUGAACACUACUCAAAACUUUAAAGAUCAUACAAGUCAAUAAAUGUUCGCUGCAUCAGCAGAAAAUAGCAAGAAAACCGUUUGUUCACUUAGUUACUGACAUUAUUAGCUUUACGUCACUUGAACAGUGGUAGAGAUAUCUGACUACCCAGAUAGCAUGCAAACGUUUUAAAAACGUUUUAAAAACGUUUUAAAAUGUUUACAUAAAACAUUUUAAAAA